CAAUUGACAACACCAACAAUAAUAGCACCAAGCACGGCCGCCGCAUAUAUCAAUCAAGCUCAAUUUCUACGCGUUGAGUACAUAUUGGAUUUUCCCUCCUUUUCAUUUUGCCGAUUGUUAUUGACUGUUAUCUUACAAUAUUGUUUUUAAUCAGACAUUUAUCAUGCGUAAAAUAUCCAAAAGUCGCACAGAUGACGAUGUGGUAUCUUCCACGAAUGGAUCUGUUGUAAACGAAGAACAUUCAACCGACGCGGAACGCCAAGCUGACCCAGAUGAAAAAGAGCCGGAAUCGGAAUCAACUGAUAAUGUCGAAAUAAAUGAGAAUGUGUCUACAAGUACCAUCAAAGAAUCUUCAAAGAAGGGUAAAGCAAAGAACAAAACUAAAAAAAAGAAGUCCGAGAAAAAGGUGACUGAAGAGGAAUAUGAGGUCGAAAAAAUUGUGGAUUCCAAACGGAUUAAAGGCAAACUGCACUACCUCAUACGUUGGAAAGGCUAUUCAGCUGACAAUGAUACAUGGGAACCAGAAAAUACUUUAUCCUGCCCUGAGCUUAUUAACAAGUAUAAUGAUGAGAAAGAGAAUUCCAAAACUAAAGAAAAUAAGGCUGAGAAAAAGAAUAACAAAAGGAAAGCUAAGAAAGCACCAAAAACACCUGCUAAGAGAAGCAAACUUGACUGGGAUGAUAGCAAUGCUGAUGAAAAUGCAGAGUAUGAGGUAGAUCGUAUCUUAGAAGUUCGUCACAAGAAGAAUGGUCAAAGAGAAUUUUUUAUCCACUGGAAAGGAUGGUCUAGCAAAUUCGAUUCUUGGGAACCAGAAGACAAUUUAAAUUGCCCUGAGUUAAUAAAAAAGUUUAUGGACAAAGUCUCCAAAGCUCGGUCUGUUGAUUCUCGGAACUUGAGAGUGGCUCCAGAAACUACAAACCGCUUUACAUUACAAGACCCUUCAUCAGGGCGCAGGUUGAGCAAACGGCGGGGACAGCGUCAAAGGGUGCGUUAUGACAAUGCUGAAUAAGUGACCCUCCUAUGUUUAGAAUGGUACAGUCUGUGUACCAAAUUGAUCAUUUAUGUAUAGGUAAUAAGGUUUUGCAGUGUUACUUCAAAGAAAUGGCAGAUAUAUUUUAUUUUAUAAAGAUGUUUUAUCUUUACUUUGUAUUGCUUUUUCAUUUAUGUGCAAUGUUGUUGCAUAGUUAAAAAUUUAUGAUCUAGCAAAAUGCACGCAAUUGACAAUAUUACUAUAUGUAUAAAAUUGUGUAAGUAUGUGCAGCUAGCCUAAGUUGUUAUUAAGAGCAAGAAACGAUUUAUGUAUUAGGUUCCAAUUUUUCUACAUUAUAAAAUAUGAUGGUAAAAGAGACUCAAUUUAAAUGACAUUUUGAUUUUCUGUAACUAAAAUAUGGGCUAAGGGUCCGUCCAUAUAUUACGUCACUUUUCAUGAUUUUUGAAUGCCUCCCACAUCCUUACACAGCUUGUGACAUUUGUGAAACCUCCCCUCCCUAUGGUGACAUAAUUAAUGGAUGACCCUCAAUAAAACCUUAUUUAAAAUGUAUCAAAUGUUAUUUAAUACAAAUCUGCAGUUAACAGUUAAAACCCAUAUAGGUAGUUCAGUGUAUAAUUUACAGUCAUUGCAUGUGUUUACUGUAAAAUAAAUAGAGAAUUAAGCUAACAAUUAUUGACGAUCAUUUGAAUUGUGUCUAUGAUUAUUUUUUACUCUUACUCUUAUAGCCU